AUGGCAAAUCCCACGGGCUGGAAGGCGGAGGACUUUCCCUGUACCCUCACCCUCUCAAUCCCUUUCCCCACCCCCUCUCUCGCAUCCACCGCACACCUCGCGCUCUCUGUCGACGCCGAACUUUCGCCCCUUGUGCGCCGCGCAUUCGAAGUCCAAAACGAUGUGCUGCAAGUAAACUACGCAGCGACGACGAAUCGCAUGUUGCGCGUUGCUGUAAAUGGGUUUAUUGAGAGUGUGGGCGUGGUUAUUGGGGUCAUGAGGGAUUUGGAUGUUGAUGUGGUGUAUGAGCCGGUUACGGAGAGUUUGGAGGGUGUGCAAGGGUUGGAUGUGGCAAAGGUCAAGGGCUGA